ACCUAGGCGUGGAGGCAACUGGGCUCAUCUAAUGGUGGACAAUCAGUUCCCCUGUGAUGGUUAUGUAACAGCAUGGGAGUACCAGAGAUCUACACCUGACACCAAAGUAUAUUUUGGUGUUUGGAGAUACGCUGGAGGGAGCAUGGAUGUACUUGUGGGUAAGACCUUGAUCCCGCCUAACACACCAGGGUUUCACAUAGUGGCCAUAGACCCACCCAUUCCAGUGAAAAUAGGAGACUAUAUAGGUAUACACUAUGCAAAGAAUGACACCAAGCCAGCAGUACCUAACUCCAGAGGGCUGGAUGGUGUCGUAGAAUACUCAGAAUUGUUCAGGACGCUUAAUGCCCCAUUGUAUGAUGAAGACUUCACUGAAGGCGUACCUAUAGAUUUUGCAGCAUAUUCUAUCAUCAGAAGCACACAUGCUGUCAGGGCACAUUUUACAGGCACUGGGACCAGACCCCCAAUUCCACCCUCAACAAUAAGCCCUGUCACCCCAGGGAGAGAUGAAUGUAAAUAUUCAAACCUUGGUAAAGAAUAUAUGGGAAAACUAGCUCGCACAAGAACUGGGAAACUCUGCCAACGAUGGGACAGCCAGACUCCAAAUAAACAUGACCGUAACGAUCCUAGCCUGUUCCCUGAUCGUACAUUAAAGCAUGCUAACAAUUAUUGCCGUAACCCAGACAACAAAGAGGAUGGACCCUGGUGCUAUACAAUGGAGCCAGGCACCCGCUGGGAGUAUUGCGAUAUACAAUGGUGUGAUUGCAAGAUCACAACGUUAGGUAAAGAAUACAAUGGCGAGAGAACAUCAACAGCAUCAUCGAAGAGUUGUCAGCGCUGGGAUUCCCAGUGGCCCCACAGUCACCCUCCUUACAGCCCUACAGAUUUCCCUGAGAGAAACCUAACAGCUGUUGCCAACAAAUGUAGGAACCCUGAUGGGAGGCCGAAUGGUCCUUGGUGUUACACCACUGAUCCUGCAACCAUAUUGGAGUACUGUGAUGUUAAAUUAUGUGAGUGCAAGCAGGAUAAGAGAGGACACUCCUACCAGGGGAUGAUAUCAGAGACCUCUGGUGGCCUAACAUGUCAGAGAUGGGACAGUCAAUUUCCACACAAACAUGGACAAAACAAGGCUAGUAACUUCCCAGACAACACAGUACUUGACGCCAAUAACUAUUGCCGCAACCCCACUG